ACCUGUUCUGCGAAAGCCCAUUCUUUCUGAGGUAAACGAACAAGUGAAAUCUAAUAAAAAUACACUGGAUCGGCUGUUUCAACGGUUGCUAUAAAUUUCAAAGGCCUUUAUUACAUAUAAUAGAUAAAGAUGGAUAUGGGAUGGUGGAACAGUAUUUCCCCUUGUCUCCCAGUUGUACUAGUCUUCUUCUUCGAGUCAUCUUUCUUGAUUGGAACAAUCAAAAUCAUGGGUGUGUUACUAUACGACAUGUCUAAAUCAUUACAAACGACUACGGCAGAUCUGGGAUUCAUGAUAGGCAUUUACACUGCCUUUUCUUUUGUGUUUGCCCCCCUUAUUGCUUGGAUAUACGAAAACUGUAACAUACGUCGUCAGCUUCUGCUAUUCGGUGCUGUAGUGUCGUCAUGUAGUUUCACCUUACUAUCAGUAUGUACCACCAAUGCAUCUGUAAGCCUCUGUCUCGCAAUGAUAGGCCUCGGGCACAGCAUCGUUUGGAUCGUAUCAAUCAUGACACUGUGUAAUUUGGCUGGAACGAAUUUCAACCUUUUAUUAGGCAUUUCAACGUGUGGCUAUCCUGUCGGAAUCUGUCUUUUCCCUCUGUUAGCGGAGGGUCUCCUUGUAGCAUAUGAUUGGCGGGGAGUUCUAAUGAUCUUUAGUGGAAUCAUGUUUAACCUAGUCCCUUUUGUCCUGGCCGUGAGGAUACCUGCAGAACGCCAUGGUACUGUGGCAUCAUUGCACACGGAGGGUUCGGAAACCAACUCAUCGGAUUCCGUUCCAUCUGAAGGAGAUCUUCCCUCUGGUGAAUGUGACUUCAACGUCACCGAUAAACAAACUUUACAACAUCAUAAUCUAUCAUGUCCCGAGGUAUCUGAAUCAGUGUCUCCCUACAGCUACAAAGGCGAAUCAAAAAAUGACACCAGAAACGCUUCAGAUGCAUCUGAUGAUAACGAACAAAAAGAACUCGUCACAAACUGUUUCAGUGGACGAGAUUCUCAAGACAAAAUUAAAACGGAUCCAUCCUCUCAAAGAGAGCCACCUCAAAUAAAUAGUGAGGAAAAUAUCAAUAAUCAUGACAAAACAAAAAACAAGAUAAUGUCAUGGUUAAAACAUACUGAAUUUAGGAGAAAUCCCGCUUCAAUUUUCAUCAUUUUGUCUUAUGCAUUUCAUGAGUUUGUAUACAUUGGUUGGCAUACUUUCCUGGUGCCAUACUGCCUCCAGAGAGGACUUUCAGUCAAAAACACAAUUAUCAUAACCUUCGGUGCUGCCGUUGGCAACCUAUGCGGACGUAUCAUGUCUGGUGUCUUAACUCACAGACUCGUUGAUCCUGUCACUCUAUAUUGCUUUGUAACUAUUUUGAAUAUACUUGCAUUGUUAUGCAAUGUUUUCAUUCGAUAUUUCUUCAUCAUGAUAAUUGCGGCUUUCUGUUCGGGAGCUUCGGUGGCAAGUAAGUCUGUACUGGGAAUAAUGGCCAUAAAGAGUGGAGUAUCCGAUAGAAGUGUUUCUGUCUACGUCGGGUUACUUGAGAUAUCCGGUGGAGUUGGAGCUUUUCUAGGAGGCACCGUGGCAGGAUCCAUCUCUGAUGCAGUUUCUUCAUUAGAUGUGAGUUUCGACUUAUUUGCUGCCGUCGAUACAGUGACCUUCAUUUUGAUGAUGUUUGCAAGGGUUAUUAGCAGACGGGAUAUUCCAUAGCGAUUACUGACUGAGGCAUGGGCAUCCGUGGGUACAACGGUGGGGGACAGGGCCCUCACACAUUUGGCUAACUAUUUCGGUUAAUUUAUUUACUGACAAAAAAUUAAUGUAUGCCAUCAAUGUUAUUUGUUGUAAUCGUGAUUCUGUUUUCAUCGGGUCAUCUUUGGAAAACAGCUUUUUGCUGAUCUUUUGUACCUGAAUACCAUUUUCCUAAAUGUCAAACAGUGCCUAAAGUAUUCCUUUUCGGGUCAGUAUGAAAAUCUCAGCUCGCAUUGGUCCUGUUUAGGAUGAUAUAAAAUUGUUAAAAUCAACUUUUAUCAUGAACAAAUUCAUAUCAAUGAUACUUUUUGUCUUAUCUUAUGUAUUUCCAGACUCAAACACACAUUAAAGUUCAAAUUAAGUGUUGCAAUAAAGCAAACUAAAACUUGCAUUUUAUAAUCAUUUUAUAAUCAAUCAUAAUAUGUUUUUAUUUAUUGUAUAAAGUUGAUUAAUUUGAUAAUAGAUUCCUUGAGCUCAGAAAUGGCGGUCUAGGUGUCAAAAUUAUGAUUCUAGGUUACUUGAAACCUUAGAUAGUGUCGAAAACCCUGUUUUUGGUGGCCAUUUUGAGAAAUCCAAGAUGCCGGCCAUAUAGAGGUCACGGUGCAAAUAGAAACACUGUUAUUCUGAAUCGUCAUACAAUAACCUUUCAAAAAAUUUAUAGUUUUUAAUUUCUAAAAAAAGCCCAAAUAUGAACAAAGUGCACCUGACUAGUGAGAAUUCAUACGAAAGGUCCUUAGAAUGUUCCUUUUCAUUCAAAUUGCAGACAAAUUUCAGCUCGCGCUUCGGACUCGCAUCACGCAUUUAGACCUCAUGAGAAGUAAAUUUCCAUACAAAUACAUUCAUAUUAACGUUAUCAUCACCAAUUUUUUUUUUACUAUCACUAAAUUAUACUUAUCAUCUUUGUUAUUAUUAAUGAUAUCAUUAUUGCCUUUGUAACUUGUAAGAACUCUAUGUAUAUUCGUUAUGCUAUGUUUUGUUCGCUGUAAUUUGAUAGCCUGAGUCAUCAUGGAUCUACUACUCUGAGUAGUAGGCACAUGGUUUCACUAAACUUUGAAACGUUGAAUGGAAUACAUUGCACUGCGACACUCAAUUACAUGUAAGCUGCAUUCCUAUGAUUCUAAUGAUCUUAUAAAGAGUCCUAGUAACCAUGCUAAUUGAUAUUUUUGCGAUAAGUGGAUAAUUGUUAAAUAAUUUUUUUUUUUUUGGGGGGGGCACGCCCAUACAUAUGGACAAAAAUAUAUGUAUUGGCUUCAUUUCAUUGAAAAGCAGAAAACAAAAAUCAACUCGUCCGGGCCGAUAUUGCACUCAUCUACAAUUCGUGCAAGAUUGGCCCUCUACUAAUGAUUUAUCUCAGGAAUCAAUACCAGAACUAUGAAAAAUAAUAAAAUAUCAAUAUUUCAUUCAUAGAAAAAUAUGGACAUCAGAUUUAGUGAUUAAAACAAUGAAGAAUAAAUUAUGGCAGAAAAAAGUAAAAUCGUAUGUAAACCCCCCCCCCCCC